GGACAAUACGAAGCUGUUUGAGGAAGGGACCACAUUUAUUUCCCGUUUCCACUCUAAAUUUUUACCACAGCCUGUGUGGUUCAGGCAGUGCGACUGUAAUGUUCAAACAAGGCGGGGCUGACCCUCUUGUCUCAUUUUGUACGGACCACAAGUAGGAUAGCGCAGACACCGAGGAGAUAGAAGAGACAUGAAUUCGGCCGAACAAACGGUAACGUGGCUCAUAACGCUGGGGGUCCUGGAGUCUCCCAAGAAAAGCAUCUCGGAUCCAGAGGCUUUCCUCCAGUCGUCUCUGCAGGAUGGAGCGGUGUUGUGCAGGCUGCUGGAGCGACUCAGACCCGGGACGGUGGACAAAUUCUUCCAAGAACCGAGGAGCGACAGCGAGUGUCAGAGGAACAUAACAGAGUAUAUUAAAGGCUGCGGGGCUUUCGGUGUGGAGUCUUUUGAGGUCAAUGACCUCCUGCAGGCACUGAACUUCUCCAAGGUCCUAAACUCCUUAGUUGCUCUUAACAAAGCUACUGAAGAUUUAGGUGUUUCUGGGGACGGUGUGUGUGUACCGCACUCCGCAACAUUGAGGAUCAAGUCAUUUGACUCUCUGAACACUCAGAGUCGCUCUUCUAAACUGCUGCAGCCUCAGUAUCGCAGCCUGGACAUGUCAGAGGGCAGUGGGUGUGGCCACGUGCUGGUCAAGGCACGCUUUCCCUUCCAGCAGACCAAUGAGGACGAACUCUCAUUCUCCAAGGGCGACAUCAUCAGCGUGAGCCGGCAGGAGGAGGGGGGCUGGUGGGAAGGCUCGAUCAACGGCAGGUCUGGGUGGUUCCCCAGUAACUAUGUACGGGAGCUGAAAGGAAGCGACAAGACAUCAGACAAGCAAAAGUCUGGGACACUGAAAAGCCCCCCCAAAGGUUUUGACACCACUAUCAUCAGUAAGACCUACUACAAUGUGGUCCUACAAAACAUCCUGGAAGCAGAGAGUGAAUAUUCGAGGGAGCUACAGAGUCUCCUGGGCUCAUACCUGCGCUCACUUCACCCCACAGACAGACUCAGCAGUGUUGACAUCAGUCAAAUUCAGGGGAAUCUGGAGGAGAUCUCAAUCUUCCAGCAGAUGUUGGUUCAGUCCUUGGAGGAACAUACAAAACUUCCAGAGAACCAGCAGAGGAUCGGCGGGUUCUUCCUGAAUCUGAUGCCCCAGAUAAAGAUAAUCUAUGUGGCCUACUGCUCCAACCACCCGUCUGCUGUCAACGUACUCACACAACACAGUGAGGAACUGGGGCAGUACAUGGAGUCAAAAGGGGCGUCCGCUCCAGGGAUCCUGACUCUGACCACUAGUCUGAGUAAACCCUUCACCAGACUGGAGAGAUACCCAACGCUGCUGAAAGAACUGGACAGACACAUAGAGGACCAACAUCCUGACAGAGCUGAUCUCAACACUUGCAUAAUCACCUUUAAAAACUUUGCAGCUCACUGUCAGGAGGUGAGGAAGAAGAAGGACCUGGAGUUGCAGAUUUUAACAGAGCCAAUCAGAAACUGGGAGGGGGAUGACAUCAGAACCCUCGGCCCUGUUCUCCACAUGUCCCAGGUCACAAUCCACACGCAGAACUGCCAGGAGUCAAAUGAACGCUACCUUGUCCUCUUCCCUCACACUCUGCUUGUGCUGUCUGCCAGCAUGAGGAUGAGUGGAUUCAUCUAUCAGGGGAGGAUGCCACUGUCAGGAAUGCUCAUCUCCAGAAUAGAAGACGGAGACAACCUGAGGAAUGCUUUUGAAAUAUCCGGUGGCCAGUGUGAGCGGAUGCAGGUGGCGUGUAACAGUCAGCGCGACCUACAGGACUGGCUGGACCUUCUCACCAAACACACACACUCGCACAAGCCUCAGUCCGUCUGUCACACAUUGCCCUCUCACCCCGCCACUCCCUCCAGACACUCAGAGUCUCGUGGAGGGAGCAUUGGAAACACCUACCACACCCUUCCCCAUCCCUCUUCAUUUGAGACAGCCCACAACAGCAGCCCAAUGUGGGGACCCCUCGAGCCACCGAGUACCCCCAAACCCUGGAGCCUGAGCUGCCUACGCCCUGCGCCUCCACUCCGGCCCUCAGCUGCUCUCUGCCAGAAAGAGGAUCUGAGUAAGAGUCCUAAGAACAUGAAGAAACUGCUGCCUAAGAGGAAGCCAGAGAGGAAACCUUCAGAGGAGGACUUCACGGUAAGAAAAAGUACAGCAGCUCUGGAGGAGGAUGCUCAGAUACUGAAAGUGAUUGAAGCCUACUGUACCAGCGCCAAGACACGACAGACUCUGAACUCCACCUGGCAAGGGACUGACCUCAUGCACAACCACGUGCUCGCCGACACCAGCCUCACCAUUGCUGGUUGCUCCGGCAACCUGCCUUGUUCUGACCAGUCAGAGGACUCGGAUUAUGACAGUAUCUGGACCGCCCAUAGUUACAGGACUGCCUCAUUUUCUCGCUCGAGCAGGAAGGACGUACACAUGUUGUUCCCAGAGGAGGAGAAGAUUAUAGUGGAGGAGACCAGGAGCAACGGACAAACUGUAGUGGAGGAGAGGAGUCUGGUGGACACUGUGUACAGUCUGAAAGAUGAGGUCCAGGAACUCAAACAGGACAACAAGCGGAUGAAGAGGACGCUGGAGGAGGAGCAGCGAGCAAGGAAAGAACUGGAGAGGAUUGUCCGGAGAGUUCUGAAGAACAUGAAUGACCCAACCUGGGACGAGACCAACCUCUGAGAUCAAUAUGCAUCUGAUCAUCAUGGACAAGACCAACCUCUGACUUUUAAAUGAUCAAAUGAUGAACAAGUGUGGACCAAGAGAAAAUGCCUGCCAGCCAUCAACAAAGCCAUCCCAACUGACCGUAAAGCUGUGAAGCCAAAUUAGCUGGUAGGCAUGACUUCCUGUCAAGUUCCUUUACACUUUCAAACAGCCUUGUUUGGAGUGCUGACAAACAAAUCAAAUUUCCCUUAUUUACUUGCGUGUUUAUCUUUUAUUGCGCUUUGUGCUUAUAUGCAUUAAUUAUAAAAUGUAACCGCUGCAAGGACAGUAUUUUAUUCACUUGCCUGGUGCACGAAUAAGAACGCAGUGUGGGUUUAUAUAUUUCAGAAAUGUUAGAGCAGUAUGUGAAUGAAAUUCCUCAAUGAAACUUGAAAUACAAUUUUUUUUUUCAUUAGCAGCUAUUUUGUUUAAAUUUCUAAUGUUAAAUCUUAUUAUUAUGAAAGACAGCUUUAAAAUUCUAUUUUCUGGUCUAGGUUAUUGAUUCACAGUCCAACUAUCUAUACAGUUAGUUUAUUUGUUAUAUCAAAUACAAAGUGUAAUAGGGCACUCAGUCACUGCAUUUUAAGCUAAACCUAAAUUUACCAGCACUUAUAAGUGACCUGUGUGUUUUUCAGGAUGAGAUGGAAGUUCUCAGUGUGGUGUAAAAAUUACUGCAGCUAUGUCAAACAUCUGACAGACCACCAUAUUUUAUGGAUCUACUGCAUUGCUUUAUGGGAUAUGUACAUUUCUGGCCAGUGAUUAUUUUGAUUAUUUUUUAAGAAUAUAAUAAUUUUUGUGUGUCAGUAAGUUUUUUUUUUAACCCGGAUGGAAAACUGAGACAUGUAACUACUGUAACUGUUCUUCUACUUCUGCAUACAAAUGAUUGUUUGGAGGCUAAACCUAAAGAUAAACUGACUUUUGACAACGAUCUGCUUUAGUUAACAGAAGACUAGAUGAUAGUAUGUUCAAUUCAAUUCAAUUCAAUUUUAUUUAUAUAAAAUAAAAUGUGAGCCUAUCAAAUUGUAAACAUCUCAAAAAUCUGUAUUUAUUGGAAAAUUGUCUUGUUAUUAAAGUGAAGCUGGAGGGAGAUUUUCUCAGGAAUUAAUGUGACCAUCAGGGAGUUUAAGCUUUCAGCUCCAGAUUAACAUCUAUUAUUUCAUUUCAUUUCUUAUAUUUAAAAAGCUAUAGGAAACUUGAUGUAGGAUCAUGUUACUUUCAAAUGUGAUGUACUGUGCAAAGCAUUUGAAGAUACAAAAUCAGAUACAAAUAAAAUCAAGAACAACGUGGAAAUAAUGCAAAUGACCUCAAACAAACGCACCACAACGAAUCCAUGUGACUUAGGCUGCCAUGGCUGCAUGCAAACAUGGCAGCACAGAAAUCUCACAGGCAUUCACUGGAUGUUUGAGCCAAAUGAGGUUUUAAAGACAAGAACUUAAAACAAUACAGAGCAGCAAGUUCAUCCCAACUAGAAACAAAAUCGUGCUAAACACUGACGGAGUAUGGACACACUACAUGUGUGGAAUGAGCUUAUAUAUCAUUUCCACCAGAAGAUCAACUCCAUAAAUGACAAAACAAGGACUGUAUUCCACUGCAUGCAUUUGGAAUUGGUAGAAACAGAGAGGCCAAUAAGCUGUUUAAUCAUUACACAUGUCUGCCAACAGCCACAGAAAAUAUGUGUAGAUAAACAGUAUUGCUGCCAAGUCACAAUUCAUUUGGAAAAAGCGUGUCUUGCAGAAUUAAAAAAAAUUCUAACAGUUCCUGCUCUGCCUCGUGGACUAAACCUAGUUUACCAGCUAAUUUGAUAUCCUGUUCUGCUGAAAUUCACAAAAUAUCCUUUUCAUUUGUAAUAAAGCUCCUUAGAAGUUUCAUGUUGAAAAAUCAGGCUAAAUGUACAUAUUUCACUUGUAAUACUCCUUUUAUUCAACAUUUUUAACUUGUUCUAACCUUGUGGACCUACUGUCACCACUUUCUGCUCCAGCUUUCAAUAUUAUGAUUGUCAGAAGGAGAAACAAUAAGUGUUUAAGCGGAGAGAUACAAUCAAAUACAUAAAAUAAAUAUCUUCAUGUUUUGAAGCCAGGCAUAAUACGGUAUAUACAUACUGUGAUAUAAAAGUAAUACAAACUCCUAAUGUAACAGCCCAGAAUGGAGAAACAACAAUGUAAAAACAUAAUGUGAUCAUAUAACAAUAUGGACACCAAAUAGCAUUUUGAGUUUAUAUUACAUUUUUAAUACAAUAUGCAUGGUCGUCGCACUGUCAGAAGAGGCAGAGGAAGUGAUUGCAGGUCUUUAGAAACCAGUUUAGUUGAUUAAACACUUGGAAAUGUCUGAACAAUUAAACUGAAAUGAUACUGAGACAUUGGUUUGUAUAGGAAAAUAGUGCAUGGCUGUUCAUUUUUAGUUUGUCUUAACUUGCUGCCCUUUCUGUUUCAAGACCAAAGUCCAAGCAAUACAAACACUGGGAAAUGCUUUUUUUUUUUAUGAUUGAUGUCAAUAUGCAACCUACUGUAGAAUGAUUUCUUAUUUUUAUAUUUGUGAUUGUGGUUUUAGUCUUAUGAUUGUGGUUUUGAUUUGUAACACUACUUGUUUUCUACUUGAUCUGGUUGAUCACACUAAAGAUUUGUACAGAACAGCAGCAUAUUUCUCAUGAACCAGAGGAGACGUGCUGUGGGGAGAAGAAUAAUCUUUGUUAAAGUUAUUAAAAACUUCACCUACAGAUGAAAUAUUACUGAAAUCAGAAACCACACUCAUGAUGUAAGCCAUGCAAUACAGUAUGCCAAUUACUGAUUCUAACUUAUGUAUUUAACUGAAAGUGACUGAUGUAAAUGUGAUGUGUGUUACAAUGUUAUGGUGAUGAAGGUGAUAAUAGUAGUUACUCUGAUAUGAAUUGUCCCCCCUCUAUUUAUUUCACCCAUUUGUCUGUGAAUAAAAUGUUGAAUCAAA